GAUUCGGCGAUUCGAAUCAUAACAACUCUGCAACCUGUUGUCAUAUCAACCGGUAAAUAAAUUAUUCAACUGCAGUUAAUUAUGAAAUUUGUUUCAAAAAUAAUACCUAAUUACCUUAUGAUUGCAUUAAUUUCAAUACCAAGUUCGCUUCAAUGGAUUCCAAUGACCGUUUGACAUUCUCCGCCGAAUGGAAAGAUACCUUCUCAUCUGUCAAUUGGAAAUUCAAUUUAUUCUUUUACCCAAGCGAUGAAACCGUUGAACUGUACGAUUUACUCAAACAUCGGCUGUUUUUGAAACGCACCAAAUGUGGGAAUUUUACCAUCGAUGAUUUUUAUAUCGGAGCCUCUUUACGAAUAUGUUCGAGACUAAUCACCAUCAAAGAUUAUGCUGAUUCGUACACUCGUAAAAAAGUUGAAAUUACUUCUCAAAAAUCUUGUGGUUUUAUAAAACCUGAUCUAAUGCAUAGAAAAGGAGAAGUAUUGCAGCUUUUGGAAUCGAGUAAUUUUAAAAUCAUCAACUUGAAAAUGGUUCAACUGCCAGAAUCCUUGGCAAACACAAUAUUCGAAGAUUACGAAGAUCAGUCUAUUCUUACGCCAUUGAUCGAGCAUGUGACCAGUGGCCCUGUACUUUGCUUUCAGGUCUUGAAUGAGAAUUCUGUGAUACGUUUAUUAGAUUUGGCAGGUCCGGAAGAUCCGAAAAAUAUAAUUGCUUCUGGAUCUGACGCUCUGAGAGCUCGAUUCGGUGCAGAUAAAAUACGUAAUGGAAUAUAUGUAUCUACUUCGGCGGAAAACGCUCACAGAGACGCUUUACUUUUAUUCAGUCCGAAAGAAUCGCCGUACGAUUAUUUACCUCCAGUGGCAUCUUUCGAUGAGUCGUUUUGCUGUGUUAUUAAACCUCAUACUGUGAAAGAAGCCAAAAUUGGACAAAUAAUGAUGACUAUUGAGGAAGCUGGUUACCAAAUUAGUGGCGUAUUUAUGGUCAUGUUGAGUACAGAACAAGCUGAACAGUUUCACGAAGUUUAUAAAUACGUCGUAACUGAAUACCAAAACAUGGUUAGUGAAUUAUGUUCUAGUCCUUGCGUGGCCAUGGAAGUGAGAGGUCGUUUUGAGAAAAAUUCUCAUUCAGAAUUUCGUAAAUUAGCUGGACCAUUCGAUCCGGAGUUGGCGAAAGAACUCAGACCAGAUACUAUUCGAGCUCGAUUUGGUAAAAAUUGUGCUCAAAAUGCCAUUCAUGUUACUGAUUUAGUGGAAGAUUGUCCUUUAGAAGUUGAAUUCUUCUUCAAAAAAAUCUCUUGAAGCUUCAAGAACGGUGAUUGAUUGGAUGAAGCAAAUUAAUAAUGAACGAGUAUUUAAAAAAAACAUGUUUCAUCGAUAAAAAAAAUGACUCACAAACAACACGAAUCUAUAAAAAUACUGAAUUAUUAAAAAUUAACGAUGACCUUAGGUCACUUAUUCUUGUAACGCCUGAUGAAUUCUAAAACAUCGAAUUUUCUCUUGCAACCGUCAUAGUUCAUGUACCUGAUUUUUCCAAAGACUGCUCUUUCACGCCAUCCUUGAUCAUGGGUUCCACAAAUGGACCACAUGCAACCUAAAACGAAUAAAAAUCUUAUCAUGUAUCGUCCUUCCAAUUUUGUAGCCAAAAAAUUUGUAUAAUUUUUAUAAAUAAAAUUAUUUUUU